UGCAGAGAACUUCGAAAAUCUUCAAGAAAAUCAAUAAUAUUCUACAACUCACAAUCAUCGCGCAUUUCUUAUAGACUUUUGAUUCAGUACUUUACCAAAAACAAUUACAGACACACAAGAACAAGUUUUCGAGAAUUAUUUAAAAAUGGCUGUUCGUGCGCAGUUUGAGAACUCAAAUGAGUAGGUUUUAUCUUACCCCUCCUCCGAUCGUUUGCUGGAAUGAAUGGACUCGAGGCACAAUCUAUAUUGUGUGCGAUGGGAUAUGUGGAACCGAAAUGGGAAUCCGCGGGGAGGAUAGAUGAGCAUUCUUCUAGAGAAAGGUUCUGAAAAUUGGAUGUGAUGCUAACGAGACGAAUUCAUUAGAGUCGGUGUCUUCUCUACAUUGACAAAUUCAUAUGCCUUGGUGGCCGUAGGCGCAAGUGAAAAUUUCUACAGGUGUGUAUAUCCUCAGAUAGAAAUACUUCCGGCUCCGGCGCAUCCUGAUUGCCCCUCUCUGGACAAGCCAAAAAACUAAUAAGUCCAACAAAAAAGUGUAUUCGAAGCAGAACUCCAAGAUGUUAUCCCGAUUUGCCAUGCGACAAUUGCAGGGACUCGUAUUAUUGGACGUUUGACUGCAGGUAACAAGAAGGGACUUUUGGUGCCAACGAGUACGACGGAUCAAGAAUUGCAACAUUUGAGAAAUAGUUUACCGGAUAGCGUUAAGAUACAGGUGGGUUUUCUUUCUUCGCCAUUGGAGAAUUGAAGGUCUAGGCUUCUCAGUUUUAAGCUCCGCGACACUCCAAACGUCUGAGCCUGCUUCUUCAAGGCUGUAUUUCACUACCUUGAGGUCUGGCUUCCUUCUAGCAAUACUAACGUACAACCAAACAGAGAAUAGAAGAGAGACUUUCGGCUCUCGGAAACGUCAUAGUAUCCAACGAUCACGUUGCUCUCGUUCACCCGGAUCUGGAGCGCGAAACCGAAGAAAUUAUCGCCGAUGUCCUUGGUGUCGAAGUAUUCCGUCAGACCAUUGCCGAUAACGUCCUUGUCGGAUCUUAUAUGGCACUUUCCAACCAGGGCGGUAUCGUUCAUCCUAAAACCAGUAUUCAAGAUCAAGACGAAUUAUCUUCGUUAUUACAGGUUCCAUUGGUUGCGGGUAGUGUGAACAGGGGUAGCAGUGUGGUCGGUGCAGGUAUGGUUGUUAAUGACUGGAUGGCGGUUACCGGUCUGGAUACCACGGCUACGGAAUUGAGUGUGAUAGAGAGUGUGUUCAGGCUGGGUGAGGGACAAGGUCCUAGUGAUAUUGCGGGGAAGAACAAAGAUACUAUGGUGGAGAGUUUCUACUAAGUUCUUCAGUGGUAGAAGUGUAUAUGUGGGAUUGUGGAGGAUUAGAGACCGUAGUCUCUUGGCUUUAGUGUUCAUCAUUUAAUGAAUGCUAUGAGGCAUAGCCAGCAGGGAAAUUCCGUCUGUUCUACUGCCGGCAUAUGUUAGACACAGUGAGCGGGUCGUUUAAUGACCUUUAAUAGAGAACUUUUUCUAUC